UCCAGUCCAGCUAUUGUAGUCGAGUUACGUAGAUACGAUCCACCUCGCCGUUCCCGGGCUCCCGGCGACGCGCAAGGCUGGCUGUUUCCUAGCGCAGCCCACCUUCUCAGCCGCCGCCCCCAAACGUUGUGCGGCUUGUGCCGGACCAACCGCCCAGCCCUAGUUCUCGGCGGCCGGCGAACCAGUUGCAACCACGCCGUCCGCACCAGCCGCAGCACACGCGCGCAUACCGGUCGCCGGAGUCCGUACGCACAGGCACUUCUCUCCUUGUUCUCGAAACCUAGACGCCUCGCUUCGUGCUCCUCGCUACCGGCCGCCGCUGCAGCAAGGAGAGGCCCACCGGCCUCACUCCCGCCUCCUGGUCUAGGUGCAGCAGUCUACUUGCCUGCUGCCGCUCCUCGACAGUCAUCGCUCCUGUGUGCUGUUGUCUUCCGAGGCCCGAGGCAUUAGCAGGUCGCCUCUCUUGUUGGUCGUCCAAUUGGAGAUGUCGGAAAUACAUGAGAAAGAUAAGGAAAUUGGCAAAGAGGAAGAUGAGGAAGAGGAAGAGUAUGUCUUGCUAGAGUUGGAUGAUUGUCUUUAUUCAGACAUAUCACCAGGUGCUCCAUUUGUACUCUCCGGUUUGGAUACACUGACUCCAACCAUGACAAUAGGUGAUGGUCUGAAGAUGGCUGGAGAAUACGAAGAAACUGUUGGCACAUGUUAUCUAUUCUCUGAAAGUGCUCAACCGAAACCUACUAGUGACGAGAUGACACCUUCUGAGGAAAACAAGGACAAAUCAGUCAGCAGCAGCAAGGAAGCUCAAUCGAAGGAGGUGAAGCAUCUUGCAAGCGUUCAAAAGAUCCUCAAAUUUCGGCCAACCAAUGUAGAUCCUCAGCAGCAUAGAGCAUACCUGCACAAGGACAAGGAAAUCUGAAACAAAACUUGUAGCUCCUUUUUUCUUCUUUGAUGCCUACAAUGUACAGUAAGGUAAUCCAUUGAUCUUCCAGACAGGAUUAUAUAUAUACUUGUUGAGUCCA